GUUUGGCCAGACAGGGUGUCUUUGUGGUCCGCUGGACAAAGAGCCGUUCUCCUCGCAGGGUCACAGUGGAACCAGAUCGGACGCCAAACCCCAGCCGGACGCUCUGCAGCCACAGCCUGACUCCUUCUCCCGUCUGCUUUCACCUCUCGUUCGCAGGGAGACGCCAUGAAGCGCUGCCUUGGAUUAUUCCUGCUCCUCUGUUUUGGGAUGCUGCAUUUGGGUUCUGGACUUCGUUGCUACAAGUGCGCUGAUUACACGGGACAGUGUCAGAAUGUGCAGGAGUGCACGUUUGAAGACUCGUGUAUAUCUCUGAGUGAAAGAGGGGGGAAGACCAUCCGUCAGUGUAUCAGGUACACGGACUGCGAUAACUCUCGCCUCAGCCAGAUGUUCCCGUCCAUCGCCAGCUUCACGUACCGCUGCUGCAGCAGCAACCUGUGCAACUCUGGCAAUGCUGUUACCACGGCAACGCCCGUCCUGGCUGCGGCAGCGAGCCUGCUGAGCGUUUGGUGGUGUGGGGUCUGAAGGUUGUUGUAGUUCAGUAUGAAGCUUGUUUGAGUUAACACCAACUAAUGUGAGGUCACUGUGGCUCCUUCAGGUUCUCAGGUCAGUAAAGAACGACUGCGUUUACUAAUGUUCAGUUUAACAGGAAAUCCAGAACAAAAUGACUUUAUGUCAAAUUCAUAUUCACGUCUGUUUGAUGAUGACCUAAAAACUGAAACUGAUCACAUUACAAAAUAAAUUGUCUCUAAACUGUUUGUUUGGUUAGACUCUCAGAUCUCUUCAGUCUCUCGUCCUCCUUUUUUCUGCUGCAAUCGAUUGUUUUCACAGGAGGAUCUUUCAUAUUAUUACAGUGACAUUUAUUUUUCUAUAUUAAAAUACAACCAUCUGGUUCCAAUUGGUGCCGUCUGUGUGUUCAUGUGUUCAGUGUGUCAGAUCUGUUGCUGUCUGCUUUUUGUAAAUUAAACAUUUGACAAACAGUUUAAAUAAAUAAAUGUGAUUGAA